AUGUCGCUCAAGGAUAAAGUAUUAUUCAUUACGGGAGCAUCCAGGGGCAUUGGACUGGCUAUUGCUUUGCGUGCUGCAAAGGACGGUGCCAAAAUAGCAGUUGCCGCUAAGACGGCGGAACCCAAUCCAGUGCUCCCUGGAACGGUUUAUACUGCUGCCAAAGAAAUUGAAAAGGCUGGAGGAAAAGCGCUUCCUCUUGUCUGUGAUAUCCGUGACGAAGAGGCUGUGAAAACAGCAAUUAACAAGACAGUGCAGACUUUUGGUGGGAUUGAUAUUGUGGUUAAUAAUGCGUCAGCAAUUUCUCUUACUGAUACUGAACAUACUCCAUUGAAGAGAUACAAUUUGAUGAAUGAAAUCAAUGCUCGUGGUACUUGGCUAGUUACAAAGUAUGCGAUACCUCAUCUUAUUGAAAGUGCACAGAAGAGUAGAAAUCCACAUGUAAUGGCAAUCAGUCCCCCAUUAUCGAUGAAACAAAAAUGGUUUUCCCCUCAUGUUGCCUAUACUAUGUCCAAAUUCGGCAUGUCUAUGGCUAUUCUUGGAUGGUCCGGAGAACUCAAGAAGUAUGGAAUUGCUGCAAAUGCGUUAUGGCCUCUCACGGCAAUCGACACUGCUGCGCUGAACAUAAUUGAUAAAUCAAUUGUGGCCAAGGCACGUAAAACGGAUAUCAUGGCAGAUGCUGCACACGUCGUGCUCAUCCAAGAUGCUCAGACGUAUACGGGUAAAUUCCACAUAGACGAACUUGUCCUUAGAGAACAUGGUCAAACAGAGUUUGAUCAUUAUGCCACUGUCCCAGGAACAACAGACUUUCUACCUGAUCUCUUUGUCGAUGACGAGGUCUAUGAGAGAAUACAACAAUUGAAAAUGCAGGAUGAACGUAGACGGAGUCCGAGGUUGUAA